AUGGCUGAGCAGCUGGUUCUUCGCGGCACCCUUGAGGGCCACAAUGGCUGGGUUACUUCCCUUGCCACCUCCCUGGAGAACCCCAACAUGCUGCUGUCCGCAUCCCGCGACAAGACCCUGAUCAUCUGGAACCUUACCCGUGAUGAGCAGGCCUACGGUUACCCCAAGCGCAGCCUCGAGGGUCACUCGCACAUUGUCUCUGACUGUGUGAUCUCCUCCGACGGUGCCUACGCUCUGUCCGCCUCGUGGGAUAAGUCUCUCCGCCUCUGGGAGCUCUCCACCGGUAACACCACCCGCACUUUCGUCGGCCACACCAACGAUGUUCUGUCCGUCUCGUUCUCCGCCGACAACCGUCAGAUCGUCUCCGGUUCCCGUGACCGCUCCAUCAAGCUGUGGAACACCCUCGGUGACUGCAAGUUCACCAUCACCGACAAGGGCCACACCGAGUGGGUUUCCUGCGUCCGCUUCAGCCCCAACCCCCAGAACCCCGUCAUUGUCUCCGCUGGUUGGGACAAGCUCGUCAAGGUUUGGGAGCUCGCUUCCUGCCGUCUCCAGACCGAUCACAUCGGUCACACCGGCUACAUCAACACCGUCACCAUCUCCCCCGACGGAUCCCUCUGCGCUUCCGGUGGCAAGGACGGUACCACCAUGCUCUGGGAUCUCAACGAGUCCAAGCACCUCUACUCCCUCUCCGCCGGCGAUGAGAUCCACGCUCUCGUCUUCUCCCCCAACCGCUACUGGCUCUGCGCUGCCACCAGCAGCUCCAUCACCAUCUUCGACCUCGAGAAGAAGAGCAAGGUUGAUGAGCUCAAGCCUGAGUUCGUUGAGAAGGGCAAGAAGAGCCGUGACCCCGAGUGCAUCAGCUUGGCCUGGUCCGCUGAUGGCCAGACCCUGUUCGCCGGUUACACCGACAACAAGAUCCGUGCCUGGGGUGUUAUGUCGCGCGCAUAG